GUCUGGCGCCUUAGACCACUCGGCCAUCCUGACACCCGGGAGGCGCUGGCGCCUGAACCGUCUCAUUCGUCGCUGCUGCAGGACGCGCCCCGCCGCGGGGCCCCGACUGCCCGUCCGCUCCGACACCGGCCCGUGAGCCUUUACCAACCAACUGACCUUUCCUCUUUUUUUUUUCCAUUGAAUCCAAAAGCUUUUCCCGGGACCAGGCACCGUUUCUGGCCUCUGUCGACCCCUCCCUGCACCCCGCCCCGGCACCCGAGCUCGGGGAUGCGCGGGGACCCCACUCUGGACUCUGCCAAGGGAAAAACCCUUUCACCCGGGACAAGAACGAGCUUGGCCAAGCAACCGGAUUGUCCGCUGCCCGGCAGGGAAGGAGUGAGCGGGUGUAGACCCGGGGGGCGGGGAGGAGGUUUACACCGCAGGGACCAGGUGAGUCGGGCUCCGAAGACCGCGAUGUGCCCGGGAGCUGCCGCCGCCGCCAGAAAGGCGGGACUGAGAAACCCCCGCGGCGCGCUUGGCCCGCGCCCCCGGACUCCUAGGACGGACCCGCGGGUUGGUCCUCGCUGUCCCCGCUGGACCCAGGAGGCUGCAGUCGGUGGCCGGGAUCUCAGAGGUAAAGCCCCGCGCUGCCGUUUGAAGGCGCCUGAAUGCAUCGACUCCAAAGUAACGGCAGCACAGAAACUAAAGCUCCAAGGACACUGGAAGCGAGAAGGGCCUGGAGUUGGAGCUCGGCUGCAGAUCACUCGCCUUGCAUCACUCAGGGCUCUCAGUUCAAUGCCCAGCACCACAAACACAAACAGAACUUUGGGGGAUGGGGAUGGAACUCCCACAGCACGGCACUGGCUUUGCGGGUGCAGUGCCUCUGCGCUCCCUCCCCACCACCGCUAAGGGAAAAAUUAAUGAAAUAGCUAAAGAGAAUUACUUUUUUUGUGACAGUAUUAGUUGAGUAUACCUGGUCCUUCUGUCCAGUCCUCAAUUGCGAGUAUAAUCUAGGACUCUCUCUGCUGGUCCCUAAAAGUAAUAACCCGGCCAACCCGGGUAGGGCGUUUGCUUUGCACUCGGCCAACCCGGGUUCGAUCCCCGGCAUCCCAUAUGGUCCCCCAAGCACCGCCAGGAGUAAUUCCUGAGUGCAAAGCCAGGAGUAACCCCUGAGCAUCGCUGGGUGUGACCCAAAAAGCAAAAAAUAAAUAAAUAAAUAAAAAAUAAAUAAAAUAAAAGUAAUAACCUAUGCCAGGGGAUGUUGAUAUGAGAAUUAAGGCCAGCAAUGCACAUAUCUUUAUCUUUCUUGUGUCUGGCAGACCCCGAGUCAGUCUGGGUUAGAUGAGAAGUCAUGUGGUAGGUAAAGUCCAGGUCCUGGAGACAGUCCACCUGAACUCACUGGUUCUGUUAGCUUUGACAAUGCAUUUCAUUGCUUCCCUGACUAUCAGAGGGGGAAUCAGAAUAAUAGCAGCUACUUCACUGGAUCUAGAAGGAUUUUGUUCCAUAACUUGCACCUAUUUAGAAGCCCAGUAUAUAAUACCUGUUGGAUAAACAACUCAUCUCUGCUCCGUCAACCUGAAUGAGUAAGAGCACAAAUUACUCAAAAGUUUCCUGCUUUUCUUCUGCACCGCAAAAGAUACAGUGACCAGAAUCCAAAGACUAUCCACAGAAUGGGAAAGGAUAUUUACACAAUACACAUCAGAUAAGGGGUUGAUAUCAAUGGUAUAUAAAGCACUGGUUGAACUCUACAAGAAGAAAACAUCCAACCCCAUCAAAAAAUGGGGCGAAGAAAUGAACAGAAACUUUACCAAGGAAGAAAUACGAAUGGCCAAAAGGCACAUGAAAAAGUGCUCUACAUCACUAAUCAUCAGAGAGAUGCAGAUCAAAACAACCACAAGAUACCACCUCACACCACAGAGACUAGCACACAUCCAAAAAAACAAAAGCAACCGCUGUUGGAGAGGAUGUGGGGAGAAAGGGACCCUUCUACACUGCUGGUGGGAAUGCCGACUGGUUCAGCCCUUCUGGAAAACAAUAUGGUCGAUUCUCAAAAAAUUAGAGGUUGAGCUCCCAUUUGACCCAGCAAUACCACUGCUAGGAAUAUAUCCCAGAGAGGCAAAAAAGUAUAAUCGAAACAACAUCUGCACAUGUAUGUUCAUUGCAGCACUGUUUACAAUAGCCAGAAUCUGGAAAAAACCCGAAUGCCCUAGAACGGAUGACUGGUUGAGGAAACUUUGGUACAUCUAUACAAUGGAAUACUAUGCAGCUGUUAGAAAAAAGGAGGUCAUGAAUUUUUUAUUUAAGUGGAUGGGCAUGAAAAGUUUCAUGCUGAGUGAAAUGAGUCAGAAAGAGAGAGACAGACAUAGAAAGAUUGCACUCAUCUAGGGUAUAUAGAAUAACAGAGUGGGAGACUAACACCCAAGAAUUGUAGAAAUAAGUACUAGGAGGUUGACUCCAUGGCUUGGAGGCUGGCCUCACAUUCUGGGGAAAGGGCAACUCAGAGAAGGGAUCACCAACUAUAAUGUAGUCGAAGGCCAUGUGGGGGAAGGGAGUUGUGGGCUGAAUGAGGGCUAGAGACUGAGCACAGCGGCCACUCAACACCUUUAUUGCGGGGCCGUAGCAGCUAAAUAGAGAGAGAGAACAGAAGGGA